AUGAGGCAACCAGGAAGGUAUUCGAGAUUGAUGAUGUGUGGAGGCAUAACGGGGAGAUCGGGCCCCCACUCGUUGCCCUUGGCGAGGAUCAAGAAGAUCAUGAAGAAUUCUGGGGAGGACGUGAAGAUGAUAUCAGGAGAGGCUCCAAUUGUGUUCUCAAAGGCGUGUGAAUUGUUCAUAGAGGAGCUCACCAGGAGGUCUUGGAUGACUACCCAACAAGGGAAGAGAAGGACACUGCACAAAGAGGACAUCGAAUCCGCUGUCGUAGGCACCGAUAUCUUUGAUUUUCUUGUGAGUUUGGUUUCGGAUUCUUGCAAUUCGGAGGAUAUCAUCACGCCAGUGGGAAUUGAAACAUUAGACGAGUCAUAA